AAGAAGGGCGCAGAAGCGGGAACGAGGCAACCCCAUUUGUUCCCCGUCCCUCUCCCCCUUUCCAUUCUCUCUUCCUUUAUAUCUCCAUUCGAGGGUUUCAUUUUGGUAUCCUAACCUCUCUCUCUCUUCGGCUUCGAGAUCUGAGGUGGUGGUGACUCGAUAGAGUUUUUUUACAAUGGCUCCACCUCUUGGAAUAGCAAGUAAGUCAUUUGACUCUGACACGUCACACCCCCCUCUCAAUGAGAGAAUAAUUUCGUCCAUGUCAAGGAGGUCGGUUGCAGCACACCCCUGGCAUGAUCUCGAAAUAGGCCCUGGUGCACCGACCAUAUUCAAUUGUGUGGUGGAAAUAGGAAAGGGUAGUAAGGUCAAAUAUGAACUUGAUAAGAAGACCGGACUGAUAAAGGUAGACCGUGUGCUGUACUCAUCGGUGGUCUAUCCCCACAACUAUGGGUUCAUCCCGCGCACUCUUUGUGAAGAUAGUGAUCCUAUGGACGUCUUGAUCAUCAUGCAGGAACCUGUUCUUCCAGGAUGUUUUCUUCGGGCCAAAGCUAUAGGUCUGAUGCCUAUGAUCGAUCAGGGAGAGAAGGAUGAUAAGAUCAUUGCUGUUUGUGCGGAUGAUCCUGAAUACAGACAUUACACUGACAUCAAGGAGCUCCCACCUCACCGCUUGGCUGAAAUCAGGCGCUUCUUUGAAGACUACAAGAAGAAUGAGAACAAAGAAGUUGCAGUGAAUGAUUUCUUACCAGCGGCCGCUGCCUAUGAUGCCAUACAACACUCCAUGGAUCUUUAUGCAACUUAUAUAGUGGAGAGCCUGAGGCGGUAGGAGGCAUUGUCCAAGUAUUCAGGAAUCUGUUGGCGGUGUGUUUUUUCAAGGAUCUUCAUAGAGCUAUCUCGCAUACAUGCAGAUUACUGUUAUAUUGCACACUUAUAUGACUAUAUAUUAUUAAAUGAUAUAUUUAAUCAAGGUCUAAUACCUUCCCCCCCUACCCCUCAAAAGAAAAAGAGGAAAAAAAGAAAGAAAGAGAAACUACACAGGUUAUCUUGAGGAAAAGUUCCAUUUCAGUUGUAAAAGCUUAAAUGCUAUGUUGUUGUUCUUCUAUGGUAUCUAUGGUAAUGAAAUUUGAGUUUGAGUUUUUAUAGUUCA